AUGUUCUCUAAAACUUUUCCCAAAGAAGUUCUAAUUAAAAUACUUUGUCUAUUAGACAAACGCGACCUUAAACCAUCAAUGUAUGUAUGCAAAGAGUGGUAUGUAACCGCAGUCCCACUCUAUUUUCAAAAGAUCUGGAUCAACACGAAAAAUAUCAAGACAGAUAGCCUUUUUUUAAAUGGGCAUUUAACUCGAGAGCUUGACCUAUACUGUGCAUUUGACGAAAAGUCAAGAAAGUCAAAAUUUUUACGGCUAUUAUCCUCCCUUCCAAAUUUGAAAAAACUGGAUUUUCAACUAACUGAAUUUAUAAACCAUUACGCGUAUAUUUUACAGCAACUUGAUAACAUAACACUGUAUCCACAAGGUAUCGAAGAAAUUACUUUUGGUAGAAAUUUUCAUACAUCCCACUGCGCCGCAAAUUUUCUUGCUUGUUACAAAUUUUGUAAAUCGAUUAAACGGCUCGAAACUCACGUCAGCAACAAUGAUCUAAUGUUGGCUACAUCAAAAAGUUUGAUCUAUUUUCUGCCUCAGUUCACAUGCUUGACUAAACUGACAUUCUAUAGACAGGAUCAAGAUGACGUAACCUUGUUUGAUAUUUUACUUUGUUGCGAAAAUAUUAUCGACCUCAAAUACACUAGUCAGGCUUCAAUCCCUUACCGAGCAACUAGCCAGGUUAAUACUACCAAUAACAAGCAUUUAAAACGUUUAACAAUAUCUUCUCCAAUCAGUACAUCCGCUUAUAUCAACUAUAUUCGGAUUGUUCAGCCUUUGGACUAUCUAAAACUUAGUACACCUCAAGAUAGAUAUGAAAUAUUCCAGGUGAUUGAACCGUUUGCUGAGGUGUUUCAAAAAUUCAAAGAGUUCAGAUUAAAAUUUAAAGGCUGCGAAUUAUCAUCAAUUCCACCAUCAUUAACAGACACAUUUUACAAUGUGUUAUGCAAACUAAAAGGUGAUAGGAAUCUGCUGUAUGAUGCUACUUUUAGUGAUGAUGGGUACGUCUUAGGCGACACUGUCGCUAUUUGUGAUAAUAAGCUUACUUUUUGCUAUGUCGUUGGUGAAUCCGCUAGCUUAUCUUCUAACAAUACAUACUGUCUAGUAGACAGCGAAAAGAUUGUGAAAGCCGUAACAAUUAAUGGAAGACGGUCUUCUUUUACGGGUAUCCUAAACUAUGCAAAAACUUUCCCUCGAGCUAAAAAUUUUAACAUUAAUACGCAUGAUUUCAACUGCAAGAUCAAUAAAACUGAAGUUAUUAUAAAUUGUUCAAGUCCUUCGCAAGAAAUAUUCGCUCAUCUAAAGGAUUGCUCACCUCAUGCUGAAACUAUUGCGUUUGAGCAAGAAAUUAAUUUCGUAUGCGCGGUUUCUGAGACCACAUGGGACCUUACAGCUUUCAAGAGCCUCAAGUCAUUCAGUUUCAUUGUUGGUAAUUGUAUCAAUAUGGUUUUUCACACUUUUUUGGCUUUCAAGUUUAUUUAUGGCGAUUUUCACUGCUACAAGAAAAUACUUCUAAAAAAGAAUAUUCCGGUUGUAGAUACCGCUUUUGAAGAUACAUUUACUGUCAUCGUCAAAGUACAUAGUCAAUUAGUAAAGAUAAAUUGCAAUACAAAAAAGUUAACCACUCAGUUGAACCUGAAAUAUAUUCAUUAA